UGUUGUUCUAUGUUGGCUUGGCUUUUUCGUGAAAUGUUGGUUGUAAUUAGAUUGCUGGUUAUUUCAUAAAUUUGAUAGCUUUUACAUAUUUUACAAUCGUAUAAGUCGUAUUUUAGCAUAACGGUUUUUAUAUUACAGCAAAGGCCGAGGAUUCACUGCAAGGCGAUCUAUAAUAUUUUUUAUUCUAUCAUAUCACGAAAGAUAUCAACAACAUAGCCAACUGAGUAUUUGGCUUUAACUCAGGAUGGCAGAAUAUUUAGCUGCUAUAUUUGGUACAGAAAAAGAUAAGGUAAAUUGUUCAUUUUAUUUCAAAAUCGGUGCGUGCCGGCAUGGGGAUCGCUGCUCCCGUAUCCACAACAAGCCCACUUUCUCUCAGACAGUGCUGCUACAGAACUUGUAUGUGAAUCCACAGAACUCUGCAAAAUCAGCUGACGGUAGCCAUUUGGUUGUUGCUAAUGUCUCUGAUGAAGAAAUGCAAGAACAUUAUGAUAAUUUCUUUGAAGAUGUAUUUGUGGAAUGUGAAGACAAAUAUGGUGAGAUUGAGGAGAUGAAUGUGUGUGACAACCUUGGAGAUCAUCUAGUUGGAAAUGUUUAUAUCAAAUUUCGCCGUGAGGAGGAUGCGGAGAAAGCUGUGAAUGACCUGAACAACCGUUGGUUUGGUGGUCGUCCAGUUUACGCUGAGCUGUCGCCUGUGACGGAUUUUCGUGAGGCUUGUUGUAGACAGUAUGAGAUGGGCGAGUGCACACGCAGUGGUUUCUGUAACUUCAUGCAUCUGAAGCCUAUUUCUAGAGAGCUGAGGAGGUACCUGUACUCGCGGCGCAAGGGCGGGCGGCGGUCGCGGUCGCGGUCGCGCGAGCGCCGGCGCCGCUCCCGGUCGCGCGAGCGGCGCCGCGAGCCGCCGCGCAACUCGCGCUCCGGCCGCUACUGAUGCCGCCGCACGCCGCGCACCCAACACUCCCGCGCCACUACAUCAGCUGUGUAAUGACUACAUUACUAUACAAAUACUAUGGACGAUGCGGUGUAUCGGUGUCAGUUCAUUGGAGUGAUCAAGGUUUUUUCAGUGGUGGCAAAUAUCCUAUUGCGUGGAUGCGUUGUGAUUAUAUUACAUAUUAUGCUUAACGACAAACUAAACCGGGCGUCGUGAGUUUCUGAUGGGUGAUCAAAACACGAUUCGUUUGUUGAAAUAAUCUUACAAACAAUGAUAUUUAAAUACUAAGGAUAUGUCACAAUUGUAAAUUCCACACUCGAAAUAUUUGUAAUAAUCCACUUUAGGGUAUGUGUAACAUUAUAUCUGUUUCAUAAAAAGGUAGUUAAUAUACUUUUUCUUUUUUAUUUUUUUAUUAUACGAAUUUCGACACUUCAAAAAAUAAAUGGAGUCAUUUAAAAUUAGUUUUAAUUACUUGCUGAUUUUAUUAUUAAAUUCAUAUGUAGAAAAUAUUUAAUGAAUGAGUAGCUUUAUACAAGUUGGGUACACAUAAGUUAGGGACAUGAAAUAAUAGUUAUGUGAUAAACCUUAGUAUACAGGGUGGAUUUUGAGAUGGGGCAGUAAAAGCAGUUAUGUUUACUGCUGACGCUGUCAGGUUUUAUUAGGAGACUGCGUAAUAAUCGAAAACAUUAGAAUCUGCAUUCGCAGAUUUUGAAAAAAAUGUACGUUUGGCAAGUAAUAGGUAAUUUAAGUGUUUUCUUUUUAUGACAAUUUGUUGUUUAUAAGGAUUAGUAGACUAUGGAACCAUUCGAGUUUUGAGUACUUUUAAAGUCUGAAAUUGCUAAAAACUUAUAUUUGUGUAAGAAAUGCGACUCGAAUUCGCUUUUAAACUUAACUACACUUUGCAUUAAGGUCGAGUAAUCCCCAAACACGAAUAGAAACGUAUUGAUGAACUGAACAUUACGUAAAUAACAAUUUUUGUGUUUGUUAUAAAUUUAACUUUUUCUGUGUAUAGCUUACGUUCCGUGUAUAGUUUUUGCAUAAAUUGACCAUUUUUUUGCAGACUGAUUAAUUUUUAAAAUCUGUGAAGGGCACUCCUUAAUGUCUUCAAAAAUGAUGGAUAGUUUCAUAAAAAGUUUUAGGUAGCUGUCUUAUCUAUAUAAUCCACCUGUAUUGUAGAAAUUCAAUUGUAAUAUUAUGUAUGUAUUUAUAGUAAAAUAGACAAGUAAUUAAGAUAAUAUUAGAUUUAAAGGUAACCACGAAAUAAGAUGUUUUUUUAACAAUUACUUUAUUAUUUUUUGGUAAUCAUGAAGUGGACAUCAAAUUUGUUAAAUAAAAUUUGAUGUACAAUAGAUUCAUAGAAUUAUAAAAAGUGAAUUGUAUAUUUAUAAAAAAUAAGAUAUAGAAUGACUACAUACCUUUAACAAGUAAAUCAUUUAAAGCUGGUUUAUUAUACCGUGAUUUUAUUGUUCGAACAUAUUAUUUACACGUUGCGCAACAGAUAAGAAAUAGCAGCUGAUAAUGAUCAUAUAUUAGUGAUUUUAAAAGGUUAUAUCGCUAAAAUAAUAUUAAUUCGCCAGUGCAAGGUCAGGUUCACACAUCAUUUGACCUUUGAAGGCGUAUCCAAAUAAUUUAAAACAUCGUCAGAUUUGGGCGCACCUUCAGUCUGCUAUUAUGCCAUUUAUCACAUACUUCGGCUAUAGCAAUUGUUAAUUGUUAGCGCAACUAUUUGAAAUGUUCAUAUACUCGACGAUUGUUGAUGUCUUUUGUGGCUUGUGGACCACGCGCCCCUAGUAUUUAAAUAUCAUUGUUUACAUUCAUGAAUCGCGCCAAAUAAUCCGUCAAGCCGCUAUGACUAGUGUUGCCAGGUGUCCCGUAUUAAGUCCCGAAUUUCGAAGUUCUGGGAACGUGUCCCGAUUUACAACUGAUCGGGACACUAAAUGUCCCGAUAAAACAAUAAGUUUAUUAAAAAUCAUUUUUAUAAAAUAAAAUACGUAUCACAAUACAUACUAGCGCUGUAGGUACAGUUUUUUUUUUGUUCUGUGUUAUGUCGCUUAGCGACGCGACUUUACCGCGAUCUGAGCAGAAAUUCACAUUAUAACCAACUUUAGCAUAAGUUGUAGUCAAAAAAUGUAUGUUCUGAUCUGUUAAUCCCGAUUUGAUUUACCUUUUGGCCCGAUUUUAAACAAAUAGGACCUGGCAACACUAGCGAUGACCCACAACGCAUGAACAGUCUACAUCAUUAUUACUCAUAGGAUAUGUAAAUAUAUAGCUUAGUAGAUUCAGAGAUGUUAAGUUAUAACGCCUGCGAACAAUUCCUCGAAUGUAUUGAGUAUUAAUAUGAAAAUUGAGUUGUAAUUUUUAAUAUGAGCUUUUGUUAUUACACUAUAACCAAGAAAUGUUAUAUCUACACUGCAAUCUAAAUACAAUCUAGUAAAUUCUAGUGUACCAACUCAAUAUUGUCAAACUCUCACACUUCUGUGUCUCCAGCGGUCUGGUAGAAUUUUUUAUUUUGUUUACGAAGGUUAUAAGUAUUUGUUAUGUAUUAAUUUUGAUGUUCUUUAAAACAUAGUUUAUUACAACUAACUUCGCGCCUCGUCAAUCUUCCGAUUCUAAAUGUAAUAUUCACACAGUAUAUCUAAUAUUGAGCAAUAAUAAUAAUGUAAGUACACAUAUAUAAUAUACAAUAACAUGUAAUCACAGUGCUAGUUUUUGUUCCGUUAUUCGAAAAUUGCCGAUGCGCUUAUGUUUGCCGUUCUUACGUUAUGGACGCGCUGAGAUGACUUGUAUUACAACAUUACAAAUAAGAUAAUACAUACUAGGACCCGAGACUAAUUACAAGUGCGAGAUCCAAUUCAAAGAUAUAUUUCGCGGAGAGUCUACAACACCAAAACAUGGGCUACCAUCGCCCCAGUCUCUCGGGAUAUGAGUAUCGUAAUCUAAGAACGGUUACAAUUGUGUCAGACGAGCGACUCGUGAUGGGAAUCAAUAAAAAAAUACACAACUUAAAAAAAUACAAGCUAUUAAUUGUAAAUGUUAGGUACAAUCACGAAUGUUGUCAAACUACCCGCAAAUUAGUUUAUCGCAAGUCGUAAACCCUUUACACGGCGGACGUCAUUUUCUGUUAUCUGUUUGGUGGUGAAAAGAACUGAUAAUUUUAAACUCGUGUCUAUGGAUAAUAUAAGUACGUAAUGCUACGGCGAAACAUAGUUUGGGAUGUAUUUUUAUAUCUCUUGACAAAUCGACCUGUCAUGUAAUCAGUAUAAGAAGUAAAUUAAGCAAAUUAUUUUUACAUAGUUUUGUGGCCACAUUACACUCUGAUGUAGAUUAUUGGGACUAAUUGUUUAUAUUAUCUACUGCAAUAAUGACGGAUCCAAUAUUUUGUAAAGUAUGUUAUUCUUUUAGUUCACAAUAAGCUUAUUAAUAUUAAAAGCGUCCAGUAUCGUUUUUUUUUUACAAGUUUCAGAUUUAAACUAAUGGAUUUUAUUGGAUAUCGUUUUAUUGCAGUAUUUACCUCGUAAAGAGUAAUGAUUGAUAAGAAUAUGUGUACGUUUUAAUGAUUAUUAUAAGGAAAUGAGAAAUUGUUUUUUUAUUAUUUUUAUAACAUCCAAAAUUAUCAAAUAAUUAAUGGUACAAGUAUGUACUCUACCCAUGUAAGAGUAACGUGGCUUCUCGUGAUCUCUUCAUAUUAUAAUCCACUUAUCUUAUACAAAGUCAGCUUAUAAAAUACUCGGUAAAAAUCAACAUAAUUAUAUUAUAACAAAUAUAAGUCAACCUUUUGAAAUCGUCAAAGAAUAUAAAUGAAAUGGUUCGAUGCGUCAAUCGUAAAUUGGAGAAUCUACGCACAAAAUGCUCUGUCAUUUGCGUCGGGAAUGACCCAAAGGGAAAUACUUUAAGUUGUGAACUUGUAUCGACUACGUAUUUAUUAAUAUUGGAGUUUGGGGUAUUAGUAUAAAUAUAUUGUGUAGGUGCUUAGAAACUGGCUCUCUGUUAGAAAAAGAUCGAAUCUUUCCUAGCCUUGGCAUAUUGUAUCAUUUGUUAUAAAAACUGGAAUGCUUAAAUUUAUUCCACUUAAGUUCACGCGACGAAUUUUUAAAAGUCAUGUGUCAGUCGAUUUAUUUGAACAUUAUUGAUGUCUCAAAAUUUAAUCUGUAUAAUGGGUACGUAUUUAAAAUAAAGUUAUGUAAUAGGAUAGGCAGAAAAGAACGUAAUUGCCGCGCGUAACCGAUACUGGGCUUAAGAAUAGUAUAAAACUACUGCAAGAAUCCCAAUAAUAUUGAUAAAUUCGGAGAUUGAAGUCAAUUUUUAAUUAAAAUACAAAUUAAAAAUGAAAGUUAUAGCUUUUUUUUUCAAUCUUUGGCAUCAGUUGGGAUCCGCUGGAAAAGGACAAAGCAGAAUUUGAACGCGGCUGUCAAGAUGUUUUUAUAUUAUUCAUAUAUAUUUUGUUUGAUAUUUCAUAUACACCCCCAUUAUUCAUAGACGUUUUUUAUCGAAGGACAGAGCAUUGCUGUGAUAACAAGUCUGUUUCUCAACUUUGUUUAUCUGAUAGCUUGCUGUUUAUUCAGCUUUGUUUAUCUGACAGCCAAUUAGCUUCAAGUUGUAUCUCAGUAUUAACCAAGCACAAGGGCCCUAUAUCUACGCACUGCAAAGGCUACCAUGCCGUCAGCACCGAGAAACAGACUUGUUAUCAUAGCAAUGCUCUGUCCUUCGAUAAAAAACGUCUAUGAAUAAGGAGGACUAGUUUACGUAAUAUUAUGCAGAGUUUACUUCUAUAUUAAAUUGAUGAACGCUAAAAA